UAGUUAUCGGGCUAAAUAAUCCAUAAUAAUGAAGCAUGAGACCGGUGACGUAUUUUUUACGAUGUAUGUUUACGACGAUGCGCGUUCCAAAACAGAGUUUCGUCACGGGCAAGGUUGAACAACGAUUACGUAAGAAUGAGUGCGGGCGAAAGAGCGUUUAGGAAUAGACUCCUUCUCUCUCGGAUCUCGGAUAACACAUUUCGCAGAAUGAUAGGGAGCUCAUGGCAAAACCAUCUUAGGUCAAACUCGUAUUUUCCCGCGGCUUAACCUUAAUCCGGCGAUUAACGUGAUUUCAGUGAUAAGAUAUGUUACCUCGCAUCGCAAGAUGCAACAAGAAUCUUUGAAUUCCGGCAGGACAGCAUGGAAUCCCUUCGAUAUAUUUCAAUGUGACACGUGUUGCGAGUACGCGGUGAUCGUGCUGAAUCGUCCCAUAUAUUGGAAGCAUGAUAUUAUGCUCCGAUUCUGGCAGAAAGCUCAAAUCACGGUCACCGUCGACGGCGGAACUCACAGAUGGCUAAAGUAUUUGGAAGAGCACGGGAUAGAUUUGUCGAACGACGAGCACAAGCAAUACAUACCUGAUCUUGUUACGGGAGAUAUGGAUAGUUGUCCGCCUAAUAUAAUUGAAAAAGUGAAAAAUAUAGGAUCUACCAUUGUUAAGACACCUGAUCAAAACCAUACGGAUUAUACUAAAGCCUUGUUACAAGUUGCGCACUAUGCCAAGACGAAGAAUAUAAAUUUAGGUGAAAUAUACGUGCUUGCAGAAACAUCAGGCAGAUUUGAUCAUAUCAUUGGCAAUAUUAAUACAUUGUACAAAAGUGACAAGCUUGUGGGAAAUGUACAGGUAAUACAAAUUGCAAGCAAUUCUUUAACGUGGUCCUUAAAACCUGGUUUACACACUAUAUAUAUACCAGAGAUUUUAGUAAAACAACACUCCUGGUGUGGUUUACUACCAUUUGGGCGUCCAGUUAAUUGUAUAUCAACAUCUGGCUUGAAAUGGAAUUUAAAUAACACAACUAUGCAAUUUGGUGGUUUAGUUAGUACUUCGAAUACAUAUGAUAAUUUGACAUCUGAAGUGACUAUAAAUACAGAUACAAUGGUAAUUUGGACUAUGGGUAUAGAACCUUUUAUGGGGACUGUAAAUAAUGAAGAAAUUACUUCAUCAAUAGAUAACAAGUAAAUAAGUAUUUCAAAUUAUCAAGCAUAUGACACAUUAAGGUAGAAAUGCUCAAUAUUAAGUUUAAAGUACUAAACAUUUUUUAUUUAAAUAGUAACAGUAAAUUAAUUUGCCUGAAAUUGAAUUUGGAUUAUGCAAAUUUUAAA